UGGGAGUAGCAGUUCCGCGUAGCGCUCGUUCCCGCGGCCCCGGCGGGGGCUCCACGCCACGCCGCCGGGACACAGCGACUCCACCGCCCGGACCCUCCCGCCCCGCCGGGGCCGGCUGCGCAAGCGGGGGCGGGCCUCUGCGCAGUGCGGCCAAUCGGGACCGGGCCUGGAGGCCGGGGUUGGACGGCCCCGGCGGGACGCCGCGAGUGGCGGUUGUUUCAAGAUGGCGGAGGUGGCGGGUCACUCCCGCCCCGGCGCGGCGGCGUUCUGGAGCCGCGACUUUUCUGAUGAAGAACAAUCAGUAGUGUAUGUUCCAGGAAUUUCUACAGAAGGAAAUAUCAGAUCAAGACACAAGAUGGUGAAUCCAAAAGCUGAUGUUAAACUUAAGACUUCCAGGGUGACUGCUACUUCAGUCUCCAUGGAGUCUUUAAAAGGUGCAGGAGAUUCAGUAGAUGAACAGAAUUUCUGCAGGGGAGGAAUAAAGAGUGCAUCAUUGAAGGAUUUAUGUCUUGAAGACAAAAGACGCAUUGCAAACUUAAUUAAAGAACUGGCCAGAGUAAGUGAGGAAAAGGAAGUAACAGAAGAAAGACUCAAAGCUGAGCAGGAAUCAUUUGAGAAGAAGAUCAGGCAGUUGGAAGAACAGAAUGAACUGAUCAUAAAAGAAAGGGAAGCUCUUCAGCUACAGUAUAAAGAAUGCCAAGAACUUCUAAGCCUCUAUCAGAAAUAUCUAUCAGAACAGCAGGAGAAGCUCACUGUGUCUCUCUCAGAACUUGGUGCUGCUAAAAUUCAGGAACAACAGGUAUCCAAUAGGAAAAGCGCUCUCUGGUCUUCAUCUGUGGAACUGGAUGGUUCCUACUUGAGUGUAGCCAUACCACAGACCCACACUCAAACCAAGCAAAGGCCUAAGUCUGCAAAUCAAGACUCAGCUUCAGAAUCCCUUGCGGAAUUUAGGAAUAAUUCUUUGAAACCAGCAGCCCUUCAUUAUCCCAAAGAGGAUGUGGACAAGGUGCCAUCAGAGACCAGAACAUGUAAUUAUGGAUCCCCAGGGAAAAAACUAAUAGAUGCAGUCCUUACAGAGAAAGUUCCACCAGAGGAACUGAAGAUGAAGGAAUGCCAACACCUUAAGGCUACUCCAUCUAGUCAGUGCUGUGGUCAUAGACUUUCUGAAAAUGCGGAUCAUGUUCGUGAGAGCCAUCCGACAAACAUGGUCCCUCAGUAUUCCAAGACACGUCUGGAAUCAUGCAGGUAUUGUGGGCUUUCCUGGGCAUCUCUGAUGCGUGGCCAAGGGGCACUGCAGCCUAGUGAAACUGAUGUCAAAAAGCAGCUCUCAGAAGAUAGAAGGCAGCAACUCAUGCUUCAGAAAAUGGAGCUGGAAAUUGAAAAGGAACGCCUUCAGCAUCUACUGGCCCAGCAGGAGACGAAACUACUCCUAAAACAGCAGCAGCUGCAGCAGUCGCGACUGGACUAUAACUGUUUAUUGAAGUCAAAAUGUAAUGGCUGGACGCUUGGAACAUCAUCAUCCAGCAAAAAGUACCAAGACUCCACUAACAAUGGAGAGAAUAGAAGGGAGAAGAAGACAGUUGGGUUUCAGUCACAUAUGGAAGAUGAUGCCCUGUGGACAGGUCAAAAGAAAGAUGCAUAUCAACCCCAAAGAGGGACAAUGGCAGAAGUUAGAAAAGAUGCGUCCACAUCUCCUAUGACAACAGGAAGCCAAAAGGAGCUUGUAAUCACAACCACAGCAUCAUUGCAACAUGACACCCCCCGGUAUGAGACAUCUCUGUUGGAUUUGGUUCAAUCUCUGAGUCCCAAGACUGCUUCCAAACCGCGGCCCCAUCGCUCCAGAGAAGCUGGGUCAUGGCAUCACAGUACUUGCCUACUCAGUCCUCUAAAAUCAACCUGGAACAAGACCAGGGCAGGCAGGACCCCUGAAGACCUGGAGGAAGAUCAGAUUCUGGAAGAUAUCUUUUUCAUUUGACACUGAAGCACAUGCUGCGAAAUUUCCGUCAGAAAUGAGUGGGUGUUUUUAUAUACUGAUCCAGGAUUUUAAAUUAUUUGAC